UUCAAAGGUACGACCGUCGUGAACCUUCCCCCCACUGAACCCAGGCACCCAACACAUAGCCCUGGGUUCUCACGUGGCUAUAUGGAAGCGCUACAACAAUAGCACUUCAGUUCAUACCAUAAACUAUUCGUUAAAACACAAUAUUAUUAAAAAAAUAUUUUUUUUAGUUAAAAGAAAAAUAUGUGCGAUAUCGGGACAUGCCGAAAAGUACUUUUCCUAGUUACAGUGAACUAUUUCGCGGUACUAACAUACGCGGUGCCUCAGUUAGAUCUACCUCAAUACCAACCGAACUCCGGGAAUUACCCUCAGAACCCUAGUUUUGUACCUAAUCCUGAGUAUACACCCAACAACCCUUAUGAUCGUGAUAAUGAGAGAAACAGGGGUGCAAACUACCCUCAGAAUUACCCUACCAGGAGACAGGACCCUAAUUCGGACGAGGCAAGAGCUGAUAAUGCUCGGAAUAUGAAUAGGGCUUAUGCUGGUGAUGUUAGGGGGUUAUUGCAGGCUCUGGACUUGCAAGCGUCGCAACAGUGCACUAAUAACGUGGCAGCUCAGUGGAAUUUCGAGACAAACGUCAAUCAGGCGACUCAAGUUGAAGCUUUAAACGCUCAACAAACCUACGCAGGAUUUCAACAUGGCAUCUGGCAACUUCUAAACCAAGUCGCUGGUGUGGAUAGAAUUCCAGACCCUCAGACCUACAGACAAAUCCGUUACUAUUCAGUCAUUGGUCCAGCAGCUAUGUCACCUGAUCAACUAGACAGAUACAACAGACUGAUCAACGACAUGUUAGCCAUCUAUAAUUCAGCUUCGAUAUGCAGCUACAACGAUCAUUUUCAUUGUGGACUUAGGUUGCAGCCAGACUUGAAUAAAAUUAUGGCUAAAAGUAGGAAUUGGGAUGAGUUGCAACAUGUUUGGACUGAAUGGAGGAGACAGACUGGCCAGAAAAUGAAGGAGAUGUAUGAGCAGAUGAUUCAUUUAUCUAACACUGCAGCCAGAUUAAACAAUUUUACCAACACUGCCGAUUACUGGUCAUUUCCAUUCGAGACCUCUUCAUUAGAAUUAGAUUUAGAAGAUGCUUGGAAUGACAUCAAGCCUCUGUACGAGAUGCUUCAUGCUUACGUUAGACGCAGGUUGAGGGAGUACUAUGGUCCAGAAAGAAUUAGUAAGCAAGCUCCAUUACCCAGCCAUAUCUUAGGAAACAUGUGGGGUCAAAGUUGGUCCAACAUCUUCGACAUCACCCAACCUUAUCCAGGCCAGCAUUUUCUGGACGUGACUCCAGAAAUGAUAAAACAAGGAUACACUCCAAUCGACAUGUUUAGGCUUGCCGAAGAUUUCUUCGUUUCCCUCAACAUGAGCGCUAUGCCUUUAGAUUUCUGGCAAGGUUCAGUUUUUGAAGAACCCACAGACAGGGUGGUUCUAUGUCAACCUUCUGCUUGGGAUUUUUGUAACAGGAGAGACUUCAGGAUCAAAGUGUGCGCUAACAUAAAUAUGAAAGAUUUGAUCACUGCCCAUCACGAAAUGGCUCACAUUCACUAUUUUAUGAGCUACAAGAAUCAACCGAAAGUGUUCAGAGAUGGAGCUAACCCAGCUUUCCAUGAAGCAAUUGGCGAAGCUAUAGGCCUCUCAAUUGGUACUCCAAAGCAUCUACAAGCUCUGGGGUUAGUACCAGUUUCCAUUGAUGAUACAGCCAUCGAUAUUAACUUUUUAUACAAGAUGGCGCUGGAGAAAAUAACUUUCUUACCGUUUGCUUUUGUCAUGGACAAAUGGAGGUACGAUGUUUUUAACAGGAAAAUUGGGAAAGAACAGUACAACUGUCAUUGGCAUAUCCUGAGAGAGCAGUACCAAGGAGUAAAACCACCAGUGCUGCGUUCGGAAAUUGAUUUUGAUCCGGGUUCAAAAUAUCAUAUUCCAGCAAACAUACCAUAUCUGAGGUAUUUCGUCAGCACGGUGCUGCAAUUCCAAAUCUACAGGGCGUUGUGCCAAGCCGCCGGUCAAUUCUCCCCGGGAGACCCCUACAAGUCGCUGCACAAAUGCGACAUCUACCGCAGCAAAGAGGCAGGAAAGAUAUUGCAACAGUUAAUGGAAAAAGGUUCCUCCCAGUCAUGGAGAGACGUCCUUUUCCAAGCCACUGGAGAGAGCAGACUUGAUGGAAGUGCCCUUAGAGAGUACUUCAGACCUUUGGAGGAUUGGCUCAGGAACGAGAACCUCAGAACAGGCGAAUUUACUGGUUGGUUGUACGACGGAGACUACUGCAAGCAAAGUAUAGAAACUGCAGGUUUGCAAGUAUUUGGUGGUUUCUAUAAUGAUAGUAUGCGUAUUAGUAGUACCUUGACGGUUUUGUUAAUCUGUUUUGUACUUUUAUGGAGACUUAGAUGAUUACGAAUAACAGACAUACAGUGUAUUUCAAAAGUAAAAUAAAAUAUUGUUACUUCUUUUAUCAGUUUUUCAAGUUAUCUGUGUUAAAAUGUUUUAUUAGAUAUACCAGAGAGCCCUCACAGACGCACAGUUUUGUCUGUCUUGCACUGUGCUUGUGCAAUAAACAUUUUUUUUUAUUUUUGUCACUAUAGUACCUACUUACUAUUCUCCAUGAACAAAAAUUAAUAUAAAAAAAAUGAUUUUUUUAUAAUUAGAUAAAUUGACAUAAAAACUGUUUAUUUAAGUUUGACAUUUUCUUUCAAUUUAAUAAUAGACUGAACAUUGUAAUAAAAUUGGCCAAGCCAACAGCCUGCACAGUAGGCCGGAAGUUCACAUACGUGCCGAUAUGUCUGCACAAAUCGAAUUUGCACAAUUGAAAAAACUGAGCGUCUGUGGGCGCCAUUUAAACUUAUAUGAGAUCGUACAAUAUGAUCGAAAAAAAAACGGCGUCAGCGAUGGCUAUGAAAUGAAGAUCGCUGUCAUUUUAUAUGAAAAUUAUAUGGGGAAUGACAUCGAUCGUCAUUUCCAAGCCAUCAAAUGGUUUUGUGUAAAAUUCGUAAAUAAUUUAUCUCAUUUUUGAAAUACUCUGUUUUUAGAUAGUUAAGAAUAUUUAUUUUAAGGAAAAAAAUAAAUGAGUGAUAUUAAAAAAUAACAAAUUUAUAUCUUUCUAUAUCGUUUUUUGUAAAUAUUUUUUUUAUUAAUUUUCAUUUUUUCUAAUAAAAUACAUUUUAACUUCAAUUUCCACUCAGUAUCUUUAGGCAUAUAAAAAUAUUUAGUCAUAAAUUAAUUUUAACAACAAAAAAAUAUAUUAAAAUACAAGGAAGCUUUAAUUUUAUAUAGGUACAUAUUUGCAGAAAAAAAAGAACUGUAUUUAUUCUAAUUAUUAGUUUCUG